GCUCCCGGCGGAAGUCCGGCCGGGGCGGGGGCCGAACGGGAGGUGGGCGAGGCCUGAGGGUCUGGAGUGGGCGUGGCCGUUUCUGGCGGGGGCGUGGCCUUACCGGGGAGGGGCGGGCGCCUGCCGCCAGGGGGCGCCGCGGGGCAGCGGGGUUGCACCUGGCGCUCGGCGCCCGCACCUCUGCCCGCCUCGGAGACCCCGCAGCCCCGCGCCGCCGCCUGGACCCGGCCCCGGCCCCGGCCCCGGCACCUCCGCGGGAUCCUGGCCCCUCCUCGAGCGCCGCCACAGGCCGCCAUGGCCUCUCUGGGGGACCUGGUGCGCGCCUGGCACCUGGGCGCGCAGGCUGUGGAUCGCGGGGACUGGGCCCGCGCCUUGCACCUCUUCUCGGGCGUCCCGGCGCCGCCCGCCAGGUUGUGCUUCAACGCGGGCUGCGUGCACCUGCUGGCCGGGGACGCCGAAGCCGCGCUGCGGGCAUUUGACCAAGCCGUGACCAAGGACAGCUGCAUGGCGGUUGGCUUCUUCCAGCGAGGAGUGGCCAACUUCCAGCUGGCAAGGUUCCAGGAGGCUCUGUCUGACUUCUGGCUGGCCCUGGAGCAGCUGAGGGGCCACGCUGCCAUCGACUACACGCAGCUGGGCCUGCGGUUCAAGCUGCAAGCCUGGGAGGUGCUACACAAUGUGGCGUCGGCACAGUGCCAGCUGGGGCUCUGGACAGAGGCGGCCAGCAGCCUAAGGGAGGCCAUGUCCAAGUGGCCGGAGGGGUCCCUGAAUGGCCUGGACUCAGCCCUGGACCAAGUGCAGGCGCAGGGGCUCUGCGACUGCAGGCCUGGUUGGUCACCCCGUCUGCAUCUGCUGGAUACCCACCCCCUCCAGAGACGGGGCUCACUACUGCCACGGCAGGUCCCCAGGGGCGAGGUCUUCCGGCCCCACCGGUGGCACCUGAAGCACCUGGAGCCCGUGGAUUUCCUGGGCAAGGCCAAGGUGGUGGCCUCUGCCAUCCCCGACAACCAGGGCUGGGGCGUCCACCCUCAGCAGCCACAGGUUCCGGAGGAGGGAGGGCGGCCCCCGACCCUUAACCAGAGCGAGGUUGUUGCUUUGUGUCCACAGGGACCAGGAGCGAACCAUGAUGCCAGGUCUCUAAUCAUGGACUCCCCAAGAGCUGGCACCCACCAGGGCCCCCUUGAUGCAGAGACAGAGGUCGGUGCUGACCGCUGCACGUCGACCGCCUACCAGGAGCAGAGGCCCCAGGUGGAGCAAGUUGGCAAACAGGCUCCUCUCUCCCCAGGGCUGCCGGCAAUGGGGGGGCCUGGCCCCGGCCCCUGUGAGGACCCCGCGGGUGCUGGGGUAAGAGGCUCCAGACCCUUCACCUGUCAGUCACCUGAGGGAGGCCGAGGCCAAGCCCCAUCCCUCAGAAUCAAGGCUUGCAAGCCCCCCUCACCUGCCCAGUCUCUGUCCACACCCCUCGGGCUGAAGACGGCCCUGACCAGGCCCUGGGCCUCAGCGACCACCCCUCCCCCUCCUGCCUGGACCCAGGGAGCAGGUGCAGGGGGCUCCGAGCCCCUGGUGACUGUCACCGUGCAGUGCGCCUUCACGGUGGCCCUGAGGGCACGAAGAGGAGCCGACCUGUCCAGCCUACGGGCACUGCUGGGCCAAGCCCUCCCUCACCAGGCCCAGCUUGGGCAACUCAGUUACCAAGCCACAGGUGAGGACGGGCACUGGGUCCCCAUCCCCGAGGAGGAGUCGCUGCAGAGGGCCUGGCAGGACGCAGCUGCCUGCCCCAGGGGGCUGCAGCUGCAGUGCAGGGGAGCCGGGGGUCGGCCAGUCCUCUACCAGGUGGUGGCCCAGCACAGCUACUCCGCCCAGGGGCCAGAGGACCUGGGCUUCCGACAGGGGGACACGGUGGACGUCCUGUGUGAAGAGCCCAGUGUCCCCUUGCAGUGGACCAGGCAUGGCUGGAGGGCCACUGUGACGGCCGCAUCGGCAUCUUCCCCAAGUGCUUCGUGGUCCCCGCCGGCCCUCGGAUGUCAGGAGCGCCCGGCCGCCUGCCCCGAUCCCAGCAGGGAGAUCAGCCCUAACGAUGCUGUGUCCAUGAUGCUUUUAAUAAAAACAACCCCCACUGCAGUCUCACCCUCCAAGCGGGUGUGGGAGGCCGGGCUGGCCCAGCAGAAGCCCCCGGGCCUGGACUCCAUCCAUCUGCUCAGACAACAGCAGGGAGAGCGGGGGUCCAGGUGGGGCAGCUCCCUCCCCUCCGCCCCUCUCCGCCCCUCCUGAGGCCCCGUCAGGAGCAGGACCCCUGUGCCUCCGUGGUCUUGCCCUGUUUGCAGGCAGCAUGUGGCCCUGCAGUCACACAGCCUGGAGACACCACGAGUCCUGGCGGCCUGUGUGCAGAAAGGCACCUACGGCCCUGGAAGCCCAGUUGCAGAAGGAGGCGGGGGGAGGGACGCCAGGAGGGGAGGCCAUGCAGCCUCUGUGGCCAGCACCACCCUGACGGUGCCCUGGAGGUGGCUGUCACCUGACCGUGGGCAGAGCCACAGAGCAAGGCCCCACGGCGCUCAGGGCUCAGGAAGGCUCCGACAUCCGGGACGCAGCUGCCUGUGGGCUCUGUGGGGGCCCACCUCCGCCU